AUGGCUAAAGAGAUAAUUACACCAGUGGCUGAAUCUAAGUUCAUCCUAGAUGCAUUAAAGGAAAACCAGAGAUUGGAUGGUCGUUCUUUUGAUAAGUUUCGUGAUGUUGAUAUUUCAUUUGGUAAAGAAUAUGGUGAUGCGACUGUCACUCUAGGUAAGACAAAAGUGCAGUGUAGAGUAAGUUGCUCAAUAACACAACCAUAUGAGGACAGACCAUUUGAAGGUUUGUUUAUUAUAUCCACAGAGAUGUCACCAAUGGCAGGUCCACAAUUUGAAAACGGUAGUAAUACAGGCGAUGAUGAAGUUUUAUGUUCAAGAAUAAUAGAGAAGGCUAUCAGAAGAUCUGGUGCCUUGGAUGUCGAAGGCUUAUGCAUAGUGGCAGGCAGUAAAUGUUGGGCUAUUAGAGCAGAUGUCCACGUCUUGGAUUGCGAUGGUGGUAUCAUUGAUGCUUCGUGUCUUGCCGUCAUUUGUGCAUUAUUACAUUUUAGAAAACCAGAUGUCUCUAUACUGGGUGAACAAGUCACUGUGCAUCCAAUCAAUGAAAGAGAACCUGUUGCAUUAGGCAUUCUUCAUAUUCCAAUAUGUGUUACCUUUUCAUUCUUCAAUCCACAAGACGUUGAAGAAAAUAUUAAAGGUGCCGGGAAUAAUGAAAUAGCAAUCAUAGACGCUACUUUGAAAGAAGAAUCAUUGAGAGACGGUGUCUUGACUGUAACGUUGAAUAAAAACAGAGAAGUUGUACAGGUUUCAAAGGCAGGUGGUCUGCCAAUGGAUGCCUUGUCGUUAAUGGAUUGCUGUCAUAAGGCAUAUGACAUCACAGAAAGAAUCACAGAUCAAAUAUUAGCAUUGAUCAAAGAAGACUCACAGAAAAGAAAUAAAUUUGCACAAAUACUAAGUUCCGAAAAUGCCCGUUAA